AUGCCCCUCCUCUCGCGCCUCCUUCGGCCGUUCUCCAGCUCCAAUGCAUCGCUGGCCAUCGGGCCGAGUGAGUCACUUGCCGCGCAGAACUAUCCCGCCCACGCUCAAAGGGCCACGAUCGCGGCGGGUUGCUUCUGGGGCGUGGAACAUCUGUUUCGAAAGCAGUUUGGCAAUGGAAAAGGCUUGUUAGAUGCAAGAGUAGGAUAUUGUGGGGGCAAUGCAUCAUCUCCGACGUAUCGCCUUGUGUGUACCGGCGGGACUGGGCAUGCCGAAUCACUCCAGGUGGUGUUCGACCCGUCGUUGGUCUCGUACGGUCAACUCAUUGAAUUUUUCUACCGUAUGCACGAUCCUACCACGCUAAACCGACAAGGCGGGGAUGUCGGGACGCAGUAUCGCAGCGCAAUCUUCACGCAUAACGAUGAGCAGCAGAGCAUUGCGGAAAGUAUCACUGAGCAAGUAAACAAGCAAUGGUGGAAGAACAAGGUCGAAACGGUGGUGACACCUGCGGACCAGUGGUGGGAUGCUGAGGAUUAUCAUCAACUAUACUUGGAUAAAAAUCCGAAUGGAUAUGAGUGCCCUGCCCAUUUCAUUCGGAGUUUUCCCCCUCUCACCUAA